AACUUUUGACAUACACUUUCUUUUAUUUUUCUAUUAUAUGCUUCUGAAAAGAACUUCUUUUCAUCUUUUUUUAGUACUUUCAUCUUUUUUUAUCACUUUCAUCUAGUACUUAUAUCGAGGCUAAACAUCGCAGAACACGAUGGAUCCAAGAGGAAGAAAAAAACUAGAAAAUUAUCUUAAAAGUCACAAAAAGAUUGAUGGAAAUUUAGACGCUCUUAACAUUAUCAAUUUAAAAACGUCAUGUGAUAGUAUCUUGCUUAAAGAGCAUCCAGAGAGUUAUUCAUUUUUCUCAGAGUUAGAAGACAAAGCAAAUUAUUUAAAAAAGCACAUUGACAUUUAUGAUUUAUCUGAUCGUUACAAAGAGCCUUAUGCAAACAUUUCAAGUUAUUCAAAAACCAUACAAGAUUUAUCCACACACUUAGUUUGGCAUUCUGAGAAAAACUUUUGUCGUUGCAGAAGAAAGUCUUUGGUUUCAGAGAAUUCAAAAAACGAGCGAAAUCGUGUACAAGAUCUGAUGAGACUUAUGAUGAAGAAAAUAAAUUUUUUGAUAAACGAGAAUCUUCUCUCUUUUUAUAUGAUGCAAAUACUUAAAGACUGUCAUCAGCAUGUCCGGAAAACAAGUUGUAAUGAUAAUAGUUUGCUGGAGACUGGAUUGAAAAAAUUUAUUAAAGUUACAACUCUAAUACCACCCGUGCUUAUGAUUUUUUCCGAUGACAAGAAAGGAGAGGAUCAAUUUCUUUUUAUCUCUAAACUUUUAAAUUUAUGCUGUGAUAAGAACAUUGAUGACAGUGAAAUUGUUUUAGGAAUCCUUUCAGUUCUUGCAAAAAUUAAAGUUGAGAAAAAUGUUCGGGAACUUAAGCAUUCCCCAAAGUUUUUCAGCUACAUUUUGCAGCACGUUCAAAGAGCAAAAGGGCAUGAUAUUUUAUUCACACAAGAGCAUUCAAGAAUUGCGUGGAAGUACUGCAGAAAUUUUUCCAUUAUUGAUGCCGUUGUUUGUGGAGACGAACAAAGAUUAAAAAAAUUAAUGGAGUAUGGAUUUACUUUAUUUCCUGCAGAUGAAAAACUGAACAAAGAUGGAGAAUUUCCAGAUUUAUCCCAGGUGAUGCCAAUGGAGCAUAGAUUAAUCUUAGAAAUGCUGAAGAACAUUCAACUUUACAAUUUUGGAAUCUCAAAUUCUGAUGUAUAUCUUACAACGAGUCAAAAGACAUGUUUUCUUAUUGUGUUACAUGAAUCAACUAAUUCUUUUGUUACCGAAAAGGAAUUGGAAGAAUCUCUUAGAGGUGAAUAUGAGUACAAUAGGUUGCAUAAUUUAUCGAAACUUAAGUGCAAGAAAAUAUUUGAAAGAAAUAAAAAUUUAAUCAAAUUUUAUGUUGAAAACUUUAGUCACCCUGCUCAAUCCAAAUAUAUAUUCAAGCAUUUUCUAUCGUUGCCUUACGAUGUAAAACAACAUAAAGGUAAGAAGGUAAUUUUUUGCAUGUGAUAUGCCAUAUGUUAAAGUACCUGUUUUGCUUUGUGUUGAUUUCCUUUAGCUUUGGUGUGGUUAAUGCUUUUGCUUAGCUUUGGUUUAGUUCAUGCUUUGGUUUAGGUCAUGCUUUGGUUUAGGUAAUGCUUUGGUUCAGGUAAUGCUUCGGUUAGGUAAUACUUUGGUUUAGGUAAUGCUUUGGUUUAGGAAAUGCUUUGGUUUAGGUAAUGCUUUGGUUUAGGUAAUGCUUUAGUUGGUGAAUGGUUUGGUUCUGUUUUUUUUUCUUUUUUUUUCUACGCUUUGAUUUGCUUUUUUAGUGUGUGUUUAUCCUUUCCUUGAUUUUGAAUUUCUGUCUUAAUGCUGUUUUGUAUGUAUUUAUAAUGAUUGCUAGCAUGAUUUGAUAUUUUGUACUUGUUUGCAAGCCAAAAAAUAUUUCAAAUAAAUAUUUUUAAAAGU